AUGCAGUUUUCAACCAUCGCCACCCUGUGUCUCGUCUUUGGGUCCACCCUCGCCGUGGGUGGUGAAAUUAGGUGCAAUAUUGCGAUACAAAAAAAUAACAUCCUUCAAAGCCCCGAGCAGCAAACGGCGGGUAACUGGUUUAGCUUCUUCGUCGGAGUAAAACCGAAUAGAAUAUUAGUAGCUCAAUGCAGAAGCAGAUCCUAUCAUAACUGCAAUAACAUAGAAUGCCGGAAACUAGCAAAAGGUUAUUCGGCGGAAUAUGUUUCUCUAGUUGGCGAGAGUGGCUCGGUUGGAUCCCUGGGGAGGGAUCCUCAAGCAACUACAUAUUAA